CAGCCCCUGCCCCACCCCCACGGAAGCAGAGGAGGGAACGGACGACCUUCACGAGAGCCCAGCUUGAUGUGUUGGAAUCCCUCUUCAGCAAAACACGCUACCCUGACAUAUUCAUGCGCGAAGAAGUAGCGCUGAAGAUCAACCUACCAGAAUCAAGAGUUCAGGUGUGGUUCAAGAACAGACGAGCCAAGUGCCGGCAGCAACAGCAGCAGCAGAACGGGGGCAGCAGCAAGAGCCGGCCGAAAAAGGCGAAAAGUCCUCCGUCUUCGUCGACGCCGCCCUCCUCCCGCGGUGAGUCCCCUUACAAGCCUCCGUCGCUGCCACCGCCGCACUCAUCGUCAACCUCGUCUUCGGCCGGUGGGCCACCGGUCACUUCGAAUGCCAACUCGAGUAGCAUCUGGAGCCCGGCCACUAUCAGCCCCGUGGCAGCAGAAUUAAUGGGGGCCAACAGCUGUAUGCAGCGUUCGUACCAGAUGGCUGCUAACACUCCCCCCAAUUGCUAUUCACAGUCGUACGGUCCCACCUCUUAUCAUUACGGCAACAUGAACAUGGACUACUUGCCGCCGCCGAUGCCAGUCACCACCAUGACCUCGCCCCAGAUGAGCGCCCCUGCAAUGACGGGUACUCACAUGGGGGGCCUCGCCUCGUCGGCGGCUCACCAGUCCCUUAGUUCCCGGACGCCCCCUAUUAAUGGCAGCUUGCCACCACCCGGCAGCACCGAUUGCCUCGAGUACAGCAGCGAUAAAUCUGCAGCUUGGAAAUUUCAGAUGCUUUGAACAGGCCGCCGCCAGCUAUUGGACUGCCAUAUAGGCCCCGACCUCAGAGGCAAAACUGUCAAAAUUACUUUUUUGCUCCUCGAGGACCGAAGUCCUGACCAGAGAUACCGACGGGCAAGAUCCCAGUUGUUACGAAAACGGACUGGCACUUUCCCAAUCUCCUCAGCGACAAUAUUCAUGCAAAGUAUCUAGCCCUGUAUCAAGACCAGCUGUUGAUUUUGGCAAGAGAGAAUUUUGUACAUAAAGUUAAAAGGAACUUUCGCGCUUUAAUUUAUAAUCCUUUUCCUAAAUCAACGCUGCGAAGAUUCCCACUCCGGAAAAUGCCAGAACAUCUGUUCCUGAUGCACUUGCCAACAUCUGACAUUUAAGGAAAAGACUAACAGAUUCAGAUUUUGAUUGUCAAAUUUUUCUCUGAUGAUUUCUCUGAAGUGUUUCUCUGAUCAUUUAAAGAAAAAAAAAAUCAUAUUCUUAGACACUUAUUAACUAAAGCAUAAUUAUAAAAUCAAAAACUAAAGUUAUAUGUCCUGUUUCCGUUUUGGAAAUAAUCGCAUUUUCUCAAGUUUUAAUUUAAAUACUAAAUGUCUUUCUAAUUAACCAAUGCAUAAAUCAAUGUAUCUUCUUCAAAACUGCAGACUACUUAUUAUUUAAUUUGCACUGUGAAAUAAAUUUAUAUUGGUACAUAGUUUUCAUCAUUUUCACUCAGAGAAUAUAAAAUCUUGUUGGAAAUACUAGCAUUAACCUUUUAAGCAGCUUCAGAAAUUGAUGAAUGUCUGUAAAACUUAAUACUUUUUAACCGUCUAAAUUAGAUUUCAUUUUAUUGGAUCUAUAUUUUAUUUUGAAAGCAAAAACUACAGAUUCUUCAUAUGAAGAAGGUAUUACAGAUAUACAGAUUGUGAUACAAAAUAAGUCUUGUCACUCAGAAUAUUUAUAUAUUUUAAAGGUAAGUGGAAUAUGCGUGCCGUUAAUAUUUCUCAGUGUAAGGUCUAAUUUAUAUGAGAAGUAUGGGAUAAGCUUAAACGUUCCCUUUAUUUAAAGACAUAUUUCCGUCGGUCAUCUGGAACUUCCGUGGUCAUCGGUGGACUUCAAGGUAUGUAUAUGAAUCGUGAAUUGUAAAUGAGCAUUUUUCUGAAUAUGGGGGAAAGUUUUACGAGCUAUAACAUUUGUAUAUUAUGUGUAUGCCUGCCUCAAGAUCUUUCCUCACUAUUACAAAUUACUUUACCCAUUCAUCAGCUUAGAGAAAGAAUAGAUAAAUUAAAAUUGGUGGAAUCAUAUACCAAAUUUAAUUUACACAUUUAAGUUUAAAAAAUUAUUAGUAGCAAUCACAUUCAUAAGUUUCAUAGUACUAUAUCCUAAUAUCGCUUUAAGACUAAAAUUCCAUUUUUAAUUGGGAAAGAUACAGGUUUUAGUAUUACAGAUCAGAGAAAAUUUUUUCCAAAAAUUCCAUUUGCUGUUAAAAUUAAAAAAAAAAAAAAAAAAAAAAAAAAAAAAAAAAAAAAAAAAAAAAGAAUCCAAGUUGAGGGAGAGAUUUUUCAUUCUGGCCAUACCAAUAAUUUUCUACGUACUAGGACGGUGUAAUCCUUACAGAAUGUAUCCUCUCGUGUACAUAGCAGGCACUGUAUGUGUGUGAAGUAUUUAGAAUAACAGGGUAUUACCGUUGUCUCCAAUCUCGAACGCCCCUUCUGUCAGUGUAUAUUUCUGCUUGUUCCGAAGCACUGGUUGAUUUAGCAUUUCUUUCAUUGGUUGAGGCAUGGAGGAUUUAUGCAUUUUUCAACAAAUGUUUCACGUACAUAUCUUGAUAGAAGAUCUAAAUAGACUUCAAACUCAAAAUUUCUAUUAAAAUUUGUUCUGUUAUCUAAUCCUAGACUAUAUUUUAACUUACAGUUAAUUUAUAGUGGAGAAAAUAAGAACGGAAAAGUAGGAUUUUUCUUUUUAGUUGAAGAAAUAAUUUGCAAUGCAUUACAAAGGAAUAAAGCUAAACUAUAUAUGAUUCUCAUUGGUGGCGCUGCUUUGCUUUCGGUACAAUCAUUUCUUAAGGAUAUUAAGAAAUAUGUUUUAGCGAAUUGUUAUCAAUAUUUAUAAUAUAAUAAAUUAAGAUAUUAUCUAAUAGUAUUGAAAUAAAAAUGUGCAACAUUUUGAUUAAGUGAAAUAAAUUCUAAUGUCAACCACACUGAAAAAAGCGUACUUAGCAUUUUACGUGAUUUCAGUUAUCUUUUUUGAACUAGUUUUUUGAAGUGCCUUACAAGGGCACUACGCAGUGAACCACUUGAAACCAUAUUAGAUAAUCUUAAAUUUUCCUAAAAUGUAAUGUGCACAAAAAGUUAUGAAUUUUUCGGUGAUAACACAAAGAUCAAUUAAAGAACUUCAUGCGGCAUUUUUAAAAGACUCCCAUGAUAAUCAGUUAAUCUCAAACUAUGUCUACAAGAUAAAAAUGUAAGGCAAAGUUUUACUGACAUCAGUUUUAAAAUAUCCGUUAGACUUAAAGCCAAUAUAAUGCAAUAUAGAGUUGGUUUUCGAUAUUUGUCAAAAUUCACGAGUUAAACUUUUUAAUGAAAUUUUCGUUAGACCAAAAACAAUGAAUUUUCGAUUAUCGUAUUUAGCUGUCAUACAUCUCCUGCAUUUUCGCCGUUAGGAUAUAUGCUGUUGCCCUGAUGGAUAGUACACAUCUAAGUUUUCAUAUACAGUUAACAAUGGUUACAUUUUCCACAAAAAAUAAUCAUUGCUUUCUUUUAUAUUUAUACUCAAGUUUUGGUGCAUGCAUUUAGCAAAUUUAAAUGGAUACUAACUUGGAAAUGAAUAUCCCUUACAUAAUCUUCUCGUGUUUGAAUUGUUGACAUGCUGAAUUCGCAUUUUGCUUUCGACGAAAGGAAGCAUUAAAUCUAUUGAAACCUGUAGAGUGGAGAAAUGCAUGAAACUGUUUGCACUGAAGUUUACUUCAGAUUUACAUAGGCAGAAAUAUCAGGGUACAUAUUCAUUCUGUAAACUUUUAAAGCAUAUAUUACGUGGAAUUUGUUAUUACUAAGAUUGCUAUUGCUCAUUCAUUUGCGAUAAAAUCUUCUAAAAUAUUCAAAUACUCAUUCUUACACCUAAGGGGCCAACAUACUUCUAAAAAAAAAAGAUGGAUGCUACUGUUAGUACUAUGGUUACUAUGCCAUUGCAGUGCUGUUGUAUAGUAACCUGUUAUACUUUUACCGCAAGAAGACUUUAGAUUAUUUAAUGCAUAUGUAUUUCAUUUUAAUAAUAAAAUCGUUGUAUAUUUAAGAACAGGGUGUUUAUUACAUUAACAUACAUUAAUAAGGGUAUUGCUCGCUUUAUGAACCUUUUUAGUGGCUGGAUCACUGAUUAUGGGAAUGUUGAUCGCUCUGAGGACUUUUGUACAUAGUGCUACUUUACAUGCUAUCAUAAAAAUAUUUCUUGUACAGUUACUUGUUUUAGUGUGUUGUACAGUAAAAAAAAAUCACGAAAAAUUUGCAAGGUCAUGCACGAUUCAACUGAACGCAUCGCUUUGUUGAAAGUACUGGCAAGACCUAAGAAAAAAGAAAGUGCAGAAUUUCAGUUAUUUAAAACUUUUAAAAGGUGAUAGGUGCGUUGAAAAGGAAUAUAAAUUAAAAUUUAAUUUUAGAAAAAUAAAACUGGCAUACACUUUAAAAUGAAAUAUUUAUUUACAGCACAACAUUAAAUUUGAAGCACGUAAACUGCUUAAAUUAAUCUGUUAAUGUGAAAUAGUAGUAAUAAUGUGAUAAUUUUUUAAAUCAAGUUUCUAAUUUAAACCAAUUUAAUAGACAAGGCUGAAGUUUUUUGGAACUUUUGAUAACAACUAACCUUAACUACACUAAAUUUACAUUAUUACUACAUAGUAUUCAGGUAUUAUGGAGCCUACGAUAUAGUUUGUGGGUUUAAAAUUAAUAACAAUACAGAGAAAACUCUUUUAAAUACUUUAAAAUUCAUAAAUUAAAUACAAGUUUAGAAGCUAGUCUUUCAAAAUGAUUUAUAAAUUGCAUCUAACAAUUUAUAAAUCCUUAAAAAUGUUAACUCUCAAACUAUCUUUAUCUCCCAGAAACAUUAAUCAGCAAAUUGUUUCUUUCAGCCCUAACUGUGAUAAACUUUUGUAAUCUUUCAUCCUUUGUAAAGUAAUCUGCAUUUCAGUGUACGUUAUCACUUAGAUAAAAGUAAGUAUGUAUAUUUUAUUUUUCAUGACAAGAUCAUCAAGAAACGGAGAGGCCAUUGCUUCCUAAGUAGGUAUUAAAUACAAACCAGAAAGGAAAGUGUUUUUUUUUUUUUUUUUUUUUUUUUUUUUUUUUUUUUUUUUUAAAAAGCAGUGCCAUCAAUAAAUCCGGUUAAUAGCUUCGUGAAAAGCUUUCAUUAACAUAAAUCUUCCAUUUCAUCGCAAUGAAUCUUCCAUGCCAAGGGAACAGUUUGCUAAGAAGUCAUGAAAACGUAUUAAAUUCAUAAUCAAGCCUUAUUAUUUAAUGCAUAUUUAAUGCACUCUUGCCUUCAAUUUUAGUUUUAAAAUAAUUAUCAUUUUAACCUUCUUAUUCUUAUUACCUUUUUCCUUAUUUCUUCUUAUCUCUCUUCUUAUUUCUGAAAAUAACUGAAAUAAAAAGGCCCAGUAUUUAUGGAAAAAAAAAGCCAUUUGUCAUCAAUAAAUAUUCUUUUGGGCGCGCCUAGAAGAGCAGGUAAUAUAUCUUUUAGAAGAAAACAAUCAAAGCAUAUUCUUUAAAAAAUAGAUGACAGAACAUAUUACUCCUGAUAUUUAACUGAAUGAUGACUUAAAUAAUAAAAUAUUAAGUAAUUCGCAUUAGAAUGUGUAUUUGCUUUCGUGAGAAAUUAGCUAUUUUAAAUAAAGAAUGGAACAUACAUGUUGAAAUAGAGUUCUCCGUACAUUGAUCUGUAUAAAUAACACAGCACUUGAUAUCAAUUUGAUCAAGAAAAAAUAAAUAUAUGAAGAUUUUGAAACAGGGUAGCACGGCGUUUGAAAUCCUUUUCAUUAGUGGGAAAGUAACAUUUAAACAUUUCUAAAGCACAUUCCUUGUGCAUUUCAUUUUAUUUAGACUAAAUAAGAAGUCUAAAAUUUUAAAAAUACAUGAAUGACAGUGAAGUGCAAGAUAAUUUACUUAUUUUGCGCAUCAGUUAACGUCUAGAAUAACAGACUAAUAUUAAAAGAUAAGAAACUAACAUUACAAUAGCGAUUAAAGUAUAAUGAUUUCUGAAAAUUUGGAUAUAUAUUUGAUAUUUUUGUUAUUAGUGUUGUAAUGAAUGCUAAUAAAUGUUUUGUAUUGUCAAAUUUUUUUCAUAUUAUGGCAUUUAAGUGAUUUCAAUGCACCUAUCUGUUGUAGUUCAUUUUAUAUAUUUAUAAAAUAUGGGUAAAAAUAUGAGUCAUAUGAAAAAUAAAUUUUUGAAAAGUAAUGUUUAUUAUGUAACCUAUGAUCAUUUUAUUUUAAUAUUGACAGCGAGUUUUCAUAAUGUAAAAAAUUUCUACAUAAAGCUUACCUACAUGUUUAUCUGCUUCUCGUUUCUACGUGUAACGUGAGCUUAGAACACAUUCAGUUGUUCAAGAUCUUAAAUGUUUCAUAUACUGGGUAUUCUUUUGAGGUUACUCGGGACAAAUUCUGAAAGCAUUCAAAUUGGAAGACUGAAAUGAAUAAAUAGGAAGUUUUUUAGUGUAUUUUUUGUAGAAAUUAAAUCUUGUAUAAUUUAAUUUUCUUUGAAAAAUAUUUUAUUUGCUUUCGAAGACUGUAUAAAAAUAUUCCUUACUAAAAAUUUUUCUGCAUUUGUACUUCUAUUAAUAAUUGUACAUUGCUUUGAUAUGUUUAAUUUUUCUUUUCAAUUUUUGCUAUAAAAUUCUGUUAUUUCAGCUUAUUACUUUGACUUAAGGUAUAUGCUACUAUGAAAGCUUUCUGUUCUACAUCCAGGUCACAUUUAAUAUCGAUUAAAUUUAUUUUGAGAGUAAUUUCUAUUAGUAUUUUAAGAAGUUAUUCUGUUUAAUUUUUUACAGUUAAAUUCAGUAAAGUUACUGUAAUAUUGAAGACUUACAUCAUUCUUUUAUUAAAAAAAUUCCAAUAAUUAUUUGCUGCUACUGACAUCAAUUAAAUUCUCAUAAGUUAACGCCUCGAAUGAUUCUACGUUUGUGUAAUUUUAAAUUAAUUUAUUUCAUACAGUUGGCGCGUAUAAGAUCGAAACUCAGAUCUUCAUUUCAAUCAAGAAUGUUAAAUAUAUUUUUUUAAAUUUUAAACUGACGUCUUAAGUAAUAAAUGAAAAUUGAUGUUUUAUAAGUUUUGAGAACAUACUUAAAAGAUUUGUGUCAAUUAUAUUGAUACAUUUUUUAAGUCUUUCAGAUUUUGUCUCAUUGCUUGAGUAUUAUGAAAAAACUGUAUGCCUAAUUACAUGUAAUGAAUGAAAUAUGAAUGUCCAAUGUAAAGGAAUGUACGACCCAGUGCAAAUAUCUAAUAAACAUCCCAUAUUGAA